AUGCCUAAAAAAAACACUAUUGAUCAUUUUAAAGAUUCACGAAAGUAUCUAAAAUUAUUUAAAAUAAUUUUUGGAGUGUCCGUUUUUACCCCCGAGUGUGAAAACGGUAAAAUAAAUUCAAAAUUCAAUCUUUUAGGAUUUAUGACAUUUGUAAUUUGGGGCUCAGUAUACUACUACUCUUUGUAUGCAGUGAUCAACGAAGAUCACACCGUGCUCAGGAAACUGUACGACACGAGACUCAAACACUACGGUGACGCGUUUGAAGUUCUGACAACCAUGGCUUUAGUCGUGUACGGUACUUGGAAAGCACCAUUCGAUUUGAGCGGCAACCCGAAAUGUGUUCAAUGCAUCGUGGAUAUAGACAAAGCUAUAGAAGAACUAGGAGAAAACCUCAACUUUAAAAGAGACUUGAACAAAUUUUUAAUGUUGCCACUUCUCGAAAUAGCAAUAACCAUUACGCGCGUCAUAAGCACAUACAAUCUGAAUUUGAACUCGACGAUAUCUAUAACGAAAAUGAUACAGAUGCUCGCCUCCGACUACAUGGCGUUCCUUCUGACCGCACACUUCUGUUUCUUCCUGUACAUUCUACAAAUAAGAUACGAAAUCAUCAGUAAAGUCCUCGAAAAUAUACAAAAGAAGGAGUCUCGAGAGUUCGUCAUCAUUCGCGUUCAGAAACACAUCAACAAUGGAAUCCAUCCCCAAGAUAUAUACCUCUGUGACAAAUUAAAGAAAUGUGGCAAAAUAUGCAGCAUGCUACACAAUGCGUCUGUAGUUAUAAACAAGAAAUUUGGCUUUGCAAUUGUAUGUACUAUGGGCAUCUGUCUAGCCUUGGUUGUGUUGUAUCUGUACUAUUUUAUGGAGGCAACAGCGUCUGGCCUAUUCCACGAUCCAAAGAGAUACAUCAAUUUCAUGGUGUAUGUACUUUGGGUGAUCAUCUACGCGUUGUUCCUGAUUUUUCUUAGUAUUUAUUUCUGUGAACGUGCUAUAGAAGCGGCAAAAAAGAUCGCAGACAGAGCUCACGAUAUAAUCAAUAGCAAUAUGGAUCUUUCAGUCAGUAGAGAGGGAACAAAAUCAGUGGUGACGUUCCUGGUAAUAAUGCUACAAUUUGUAACAGACAACCACUCCAAUUGA